GUUGCGGCUUCUUCCUCUUUCUUGUGCACAGCUUGGAUAGGAAGGGCGCCAGCCAGGAACGCAAGGGAGUGGAGCAAGAUGGGGCGUCGUCCGGCCAGAUGCUACCGGCAGAUCAAGAACAAGCCGUAUCCCAAGUCCCGCUACUGCCGCGGUGUCCCCGACGCCAAGAUCCGUAUCUACGAUGUGGGCAUGAAGCGGAAGGGCGUCGAGGAGUUCCCCUACUGCGUGCACUUGGUCUCCUGGGAGAAGGAGAACGUGUCGUCCGAGGCGCUUGAGGCGGCCCGCAUUGCGUGCAACAAGUACAUGACCAAGACGGCCGGCAAGGAUGCGUUCCACCUGCGCGUCCGCGUGCACCCGUACCACGUGCUGCGGAUCAACAAGAUGCUCUCGUGCGCCGGGGCUGAUAGGCUCCAGACGGGUAUGCGCGGUGCGUUUGGCAAGCCCCAGGGGGUGUGCGCGCGGGUGGCGAUUGGCCAGGUGCUGCUUUCUGUGAGGUCCAAGGACAACAACGGAGUGCAUGCCAUCGAGGCUCUGCGGCGUGCCAAGUUCAAGUUCCCGGGCCGGCAAAAGAUCAUCACCAGCCGCAAGUGGGGCUUCACCAAGAUCACGCGCGCCGACUACCUGACGCUCAAGGAGAACAACAGGAUUAUCCUAGACGGUGUCAACGCCAAGGUGUUGGGUUCCCACGGGAUUAUUGCUAACAGGGCUGCUGGCCAGGCUUUCCUCGCCGACGACAUCACGAAUAUCAAGGUCCCCGCAUAAGGGCAAACUGCUCUUUUAGCUGAUCGCCUGGACUUCGUAGACACAAACGAUGUUCGGAAGUUGUGGAUUGAGUUUGGUCCACGCCUGUAAAGGUUUUGCCAAGGAGUGUGUUCAGCUGGUUUACCUGGAUACAUAUGCGUCAUGUCGAAAGUUCCUUGUAUGUCACACGAGCAGUUCCUGACGGGGUUGCCAUGUAAUGCACUGGACAUGAAUCUUCUAGAUAUUUGUGUGUCAUGGUGCGCCGGCUCUGUUCCGACCAGUUGUGAUGCUAGUGUUGGAUUGGUCCGCCCA